GAGCUGCAGGUAGUUGGCUGGAAACAUUGCCAUGGAUCCAGAAUGGUCUUGCUUAUGUCAUAAGUCUCUUCAGCGGGAGAAAAACUUCAAGGCGUUAGUUUUUUUUUGUGGUUUUUUUUUAUCUGCUGUUGCGUGUGAUUGAUCAAAAGGAAUGGAUCAUUUAAAAUAUUUAAUGAGAAGGAAGGAAUGCAGAUGAUAAUGGCAACAUCUGGGGCGAGCCAGGAGGACAAGAAACCAGACACUGGACACGCGAGUGACCACUGUCCAAACACAGAGACUCGCCACAGAGCAUCUCCGGGCGGUGAGCAGCCCGCGGAGCGCAGUGGAUUGUGGGGAAAUGGAUCAGACGAUAUGGACAUUGACUGGGCAGAUGCACCAGCAAAUAUGUUGGAAAACUGCAAUGCAUCAAACUGCAUUAAAGCGCCAUCUAGUGACGCGUGUACAGAUACGAGCGUGAGUCAGGCUGACGUCAUCAGCUGCUCUAGUGCGCCACCUAGUGACGUCUGCCCAAACAUGAGUCAGACAUACAACCAGCGAUCUCAUCAUCCGCUCAACGAACCAGUGGUUCAGACUACAGAAUGUGACGGUAUAAAUAUAAGCAGCAGUAAAUACUUCAGUAGCAGCUCGUUGACAAAUUUAAACCCCAGUCCCAGCACUUUCAACAAAGGACAUCAAGUUAACGAAAAGCAAAAAACCAAUGAUUUUGACGAGAACAUGAAUUUCUCCGAAACUAUAAACAAAAAUGUAGCUACAGUACGUAGUAACACAAAAAGGAUAAUGGUCAAUUUAUUUGAAUCUAUCGAUGCAACGAAUCUGAUUAGUAUAAAAAAUAAUUGGUCUAUACUCGAUUCUCUGCGCAUGUCAUCCCCAACUGUGAACUCACACGAGCAGACUAUACAUCAUCCAAGCUACGCCUACAGACAGGAGCCGCCCAUGUGGACGUCACUCGCCUUACGAGAUUUUCUCGUCCAACUCUCGCAGAUCAGGUGUCCCCAGCCGCGGCGAUUACUGAAGUAUCGUAAAGGAAGCAUCGUAUCGAUACAUGAUGCCACAAAAAGUAAGGAGCAGUACCAAUGUAGCGAGCAGCCACUUGAAGAGAUGACAGUCACGGAGAAUCUGCUGGGUCGGGAUAUGGGUUUUUGUGAUAUUCCUGAUCUAGAGGACAGGCUUUGUGAGUUUUCUGAAAGUCGUGAAGACACUCUAAUCGAUACCGCUUUUACUGAAUAUGACGAUAUUAACACAGGAGUAUUGUCUGAUGAAUGUCGUGACCUGCGGGAAGAUCGGAGAGACUUGCGUAAUCGAUUACCAUCUCUACCUGAUUGCAGUGACUUGUUAAAGUAUUGUAUGGAUGAAGAAAUAACAGACGAUGAAAAUGAAUUGGAUGAUAUUGCUAGUUUAGAGGCUACAGAGGUUGUGACGUCACGCCCCACCAACCCAGUCGCGCGCUUGCUCUGCUAUGGUGGCCAUCAGCAUUUCCUACCGGUUCGUCAAAAAGAUGAACUCUUCACAGAUGAAUAGUGUGGUCUCUGAAUGGUGAUGUCUACAGAUAUAAAGAUGUGCCAACAAAUGGCUAGAUUUCAGUUGUAUUGCCUCAACUCAUACCUCGAGGUAGAGCAAAAAUAUGACUACGUUCGUAUUGUACUGUAUAAUAAAACAGCAGUGUUACUUGGCUAUAACAGUAUAACACUACAUUUGAGAUGACAUGUAAUGAUGUAUAUAUUAAAUGACCUUUGACAUGUUUCUAUGUAGGACUAAACUGAUAUUUGUAUAUCUUGUAAAUACUAAAACACCUUGGGUAUUGUAUUCAGACAUAUCAAGUCUUAUUGUACAUAUUUAUAUUUUUGGCUUUAUUGCCCUGUUCUUUCAUGAUACACUUUUAUUUGUUUCCUUUACAAUUUUACUUUAAUUGCAUUGAUGUGAUUUUUUAUACACAAAAAAUAUUUAAAUGUCAAUGAACUGUGAGGACUAUCUGUGAGGACUAUAACAAAACAUACUUAGAAUGUUGUCUAUUCAGAGGAUAUUAACAAACAUAGUACACUAGUCUACUAAUAUACUGCUUGUUGAAGGUAGCAUUGUUUCAAAUAAAAUGUAUGGUUCAACUACACUUACAUUUGUACGGUUCAUUUGACUUUCUUUCAUGUCUUGUAUCAAAUUUUCCACUAUUAGAAAUGUAUGGUCAGUUCCCCAUUAAAAAAAAUAUGGUAGUCUG